CGGCGAGUCGACGAGAUCAUGCAGACCACCACAAAAACAGAAACACGCAGUAGAAAGGGAACCAUUGUCGUGGAAAGUCGCGAUUGGAUACCGACACCCGGGACAGGCGUGCUUCUGGUGGUGCGUUUUAAUUGCCCCGUUAGACCGAUCAUAACGCCGAUACAAAGAGUGAAGGUUAAGACUGUUGUGUGUGCUUAUAAAUGUUGAAGGUUUUUUAUUUGGGAAACAUACAUGCGAUGUGUAUCAAAUACGAUAUGGAAAAUUGUGGCCUAUAUAAGCCGAUAAGCAUAAUCCACGCGAAAGGUAUUUGACCGAUAACCGUUAGCAAGAUAAGUGUGCCUAAUAUUGCUGGCCGGGUAAUAGCCAAGAAUAUCCAAGCCAUCGAGGCUUUUUGGAGUUUGUUUCUUCCUUUUUUCGCCUACAAUUCAUCUAUGUGACCGAUCGCGCUGGACGUCCACAUAACAUCUGAUUGGGUUCGACAACGUGUAUAAACAAUCGUCGUAACAUAGCUAAUCGACAGUGUAAUAAUUGUGUCCGGAGUGGACUGGGGGGCACGGGUAACAUCUGGGAUUGGUGCUGGUUGCUAGCUGAAUGGAGGAGUCAGCACAGCUCACCAGCAAUGAUUUACGAUGGAGCGUGUGAACAAAAUAUAUCACUCAUCCAGGAACUUUAUGUUCAAAUACAUCAUAGCGCUUCUAUGGACAGGGUUCAAUUUUGUCGUUUUCUGUAAGGCAUUCAGCAACUACCAUCACGAUGUGGAGUACUACUAUCUCAGCCGAAUACUUGGGAACGGGCUAUGUGUUUCGCGUGGAACCGCUCCGGUACUUAACGUGACUAUGGCCCUAAUAACACUGCCCACGUGCAAGACAUUUAAUUUGCUUCUGCACAAGCUGUUUGGCCGAUGCUCUACCCGACUAUUGGUACACUAUCUCGAGAAGACGAAGGUUCUGCAUCUGAUAUUGGGAUGUAGUUUGCUGAUCGUUGCGAUUGUACAUAGUGUGGCACAUUUUGUGAACAUCGUCAACUUUAUUGACAAUUACGACGAACGCUAUCGGGAAAUAAAUUGGGCAAAUGGACCAGAUGACAACGUCCUUCGGUUGCUGUUUGCUACACCGACCGGGUUUUCGGGCUGCAUCAUGCUGCUUACGCUGGCGGCAAUGGCGUACCUAGCUCGUCGAUCGAUGCGCGAUCGUUUCUACAACAGCUUCUUCACCUCACACCAUCUGUUUCUCGUAUUUUACGGGAUGAUGUUCUACCAUCCGCUAAGUAACAUCAUCAAGCAUCAAACGAAUGUCGACAAGCAUAAGAUCAUGUGUGAUCUGGUCGAUAAUGUAACGCUGCACAGCAACGAAGACUUGCUGGUACUGUGCGAGGAACCGCCCCAAUUUUCGGCCGGUACGAAACGUGCAUGGAUUUGGCCGUUGGUGGGCUUAGCGAUCUAUCUAGCCGAUAUCUCCUUUCGCUACCUUACAUCUCAUUCGGAGCGCUACCGUGUUACAACGGUGCAGACGUACGCAAUGGCAGGACAUGCAAUACACCUUCGGUUACAGUUUUGUCGCAAGGCAAUGGUCAAAAUCCUUCCCGGCCAGUACGUACUGCUGCAGUGUCCAGCAAUUUCCACCCUCGAAUGGCAUCCAUUUACGAUAACGGAGCUUCCCAUUGAGGGACGUAAUGAUAUUACGCUCACGAUCAAGGUGCGAGGAGACUGGACGGAGGAGCUAUAUGAUCGGAUCGUGCAGAGGGAACAGUGCAAGCGCAAUUUUGGUGGUGUUGACCCGUACCGAAGGAUCGAGUUCUUGUUAGAUGGACCGUACCCGUCCGUCAUGAGCAAUAUGCUCGAUUGCAAGAGAAUUUUAUUUGUCGGUGCUGGUGUUGGCAUUACACCUUUUGUAACGAUCAUGCGAUUGCUGUUAAGUUCCAAUGUCGAUCAACCGGCCAGGGUGCAUCUGGUUUGGAUUGCACGUAAUUUGGAAACGUUUCUGUGGUUUUCAGACGAGAUCGCACGUUUACAGGAGAAGUUCUGGAGCCAAAACAAACCGGACCGCUUCUGGGUGAAGCUGUACUGGACGCAAAACUACGACGAACAUCUGCUGGCGGAAUGUUUUGGCGACAUGCCUUCGAUCAAAUCGCGCAUGCACCGGGGACGCCCGAACUGGAACGAUGUGUUUAUCGAUCUGGUCACACUCUAUCCCAAAAAAUCGGUAUCCGUUUUUAGCUGCGGACCAAAGGAACUGACGAAGGAAAUUCGUCUAAAGUGCAAGGAGUACAGCAAGCAUGGUUGUAAGCUAAGCUACUUCCACGAAGGGUUCGGAUAAUGCCGUCCUGGAUGUGUGAUCAUAUGAGUGUGUAGUAUACUAAUUUGAACUCUUAUACCUAACACACAAAUACGAAACUCUUUCUACGCUACAUGUCAUCUGUGGUUGUGUGUUUUACCAGUGAAAGUACUCAGCAGAACAUUGCAAUGCUGCCAUGAAAAGAAAUAAAAAUAGAUUUGUCUACGUCA